AUGCUUACUGGAUCAGGUCCCUUUCAGACUGGCCGGGCAGUUAGGAGAGUUCAGGCCGCCUGGACAGAGGGCCUGUCAUGGCUUACGGUCGAGGGCCAAUCAUCACGGGGGUCCGGGUAUGGCAAUGCAAUUUCCCUCGGGAGUCCAGAGCGUCGCCUCCUUGACUUGGACCAAAUGGGUGCCCCGGCUUUUUACGACCCAAAUUCACCAGACGAACAACCAGUUGCCCUUCCGAAUGCACCAAUCCGUCGCAUAAACGACCACAUUGGGCUUCAACCUCCCUUGUCGCGUCGUGGGCACGGUCCUGGUGUAUUGCUCUUCUUGAAUUCCACCAAGGGGGUCGAGAGAAGCCCCAAACCGCUGGAUCCUGGGCCUGUGCAGAAAUGGGCAGAGGAGGGGUUCGCUGUCGCCUUCACCACCGGAAUCCCAUCCGGUAGCACUGUCCAAAAGCUCCUCACCGAAGCGGAGAAUGCAUUCCGGGAAUCGCCAGAGAUUGUCGACAUCCAAAAUAAAUUCGCAGUGAUUGGUUCUCCGGACGCGUCGCACCUCACCAAACCGACUCUCCUUCAUACCCGACAGGAUGAGACAGUGAAGAUCACGAAUGAACUUGUGCAAAAGCAUUCUUAUCCAGUGGCCUCUGGAACUUUCGUCCUUCCCACCUCCGCAGACUACGACCCGGGCAGCGCUUCCGUGGCCCAUACUCGAUCCCUGGUGUUCCUCCGAAAGCACUUGGGUGGGCCACACUUUGAUUUGGAAGCAAUAUGGGACGAGCACUGCUACUUCGAGUUUGAAGCACGAAGCGUCGCAAAGACCAUGGCUACCAUGGUGGCGGAGCCAUAUGUCAACCAUGUUCCAACGAUGACUGGCGGCGUCGGAAGAGAGAACUUGACUCGUUUUUACCGGGACCAUUUCAUCUUUUCGUGCGUAUCUCCCCUCGAUUCGCAGACCCAUGAGUCCGUUUACGGUGCUGUGCGAAACAGGAACCCUGCCGAUGCACGCUUGCAAGUCAUCUCUCGAACGGUCGGUCCUGAUCGCGUUUACCUCAUGUUGAUUGCAGACGAGUUCAUCUAUCACAUCACUCACGAUCGUACCGUCGAUUGGCUAUUGCCGCAAGUACCUCCAACAGGGAAGAAACUUGCGAUCCCCAUGAUGGCUGUCGUCAACAUUCGAGGGGACAGGCUCUACAAUGAGCACAUUUGGUGGGAUCAAGCGACUGCACUGAUGCAAUGCGGUAUCUUACCCACCCAUCUACCUUACCCGACUCCGGAAGGACAACCGAAGAUGACCAUAAGGAUACCGGCAGCCGGUGUAGAAACAGCCAACAUGCUGGUAGACGAAACGCAAGGCAAAAGUAACGAGAUGCUGGGGGAAGGAUGGGGGUUGAUUAAGCACGCGGAUUAG